AUGACAGUCACGGUGGUAUAUGAUAACUCUGAGGCAACCGAGCUCUGUGCAGCUCAGCACCUCUACCUCAAGCCCAUAGCAAAAUUGAUGAUCAACGUAUUGCUCCCAGAGAGUCUAGAACCUGUGAGGCCCUUCUCUAACUGGGAAGUUCUUGACCAGUUGAAAAGCCUGAUUUGUCCUGACCAGUUUAUCACAGUUCGACUCUCCAAGAGUACAAAAGACUUCAUCCGAUUUGAGGGUGAGGCUGAAACCCGAAGUUUGGUUCAGAUACUGAAGGCAAAGUUACAUGGGAAGAUCAUCAAGCUAAAUGGUUUGAAAAAAGACUUAAAAGUAGUGGCUACAGAUGCCCAGGGAGAGUGGGAGCACUUUCCCAAGGAUAACGAGGCCUCACUGAGUGAUGGGACUGAAGAGCAGGACCCUGAUAAGAGCCCAGAUUCCAUAUAUUUUGAAGGUCUGCCCUGUAAAUGGUUUGCACCUAAAGGUUCCAGUGGGGAGAAGCCAUGUGAAGAGAUCCUUCGGGUAGUCUUUGAAAGUUUUGGGAAGAUCAAGAAUGUGGAUAUCCCUAUGCUUGACCCCUACAGAGAAGUGAUGACUGGUGGGAGAGUUGGGGGUUUUAGCUUUGGCUUGCAGACUUUUGAGGCCUUCAUACAGUACCAAGAGUCAACUGACUUUAUCAAAGCCAUGGAGUCCCUUCGAGGAAUGAAACUGAUGCUUAAAGGAGAUGAUGGGAAAGCUCUGGCAUGUAACAUUAAGGUUAUGUUUGAUGCAACUAAACACUUCAGUGAAGGAGCUGUAAGGAGAAGAAAUCAGGAAAAGCUCAAAUUACAAGAGUUAGAGGAAGAAAGGAAAAAAGAAAAGAAGAGAGAAGAGGAAGUGGCUGAAAGAAAAAGAAAAGAUGAGCGAAAAGCCCAGGAAAAGAGGAAGAAGGCCAGGGUCAGGAGGCGAACCCUGAAGGAAAGGGACAGACACCGGCAAAGGAAACAGAAGGACAAAACAAAAUCUGAGGUGCCUCAGGAACCCGACUCUUCAGAGGAGUGGGAGGAGAGGAAGUACCUGCUGGCUCAGAGGCGGGUUGAGGCCCUCCGGUUGCUACGGGUACUCCUGAGGAAAAUUUCAGUUUGGAUGAGAAGGGAGAGCCUUGAGACUUGUCAAACUCAUGUUAGUCUAGCUUUAAACUGUUUGGGAUCCACACAGUUUAACACACAGAAGGUUGGCAUUACAGGCCCUGAAGCUAAUCAAGCUCCAAUGAACAUACUGGAAACUCUGAAGGAGGAAGAAGAGUUAAACACAUUACAUCUUCAAAAUCAAGAGGAAGUGUCAAAAUAUCAGGUUGCCAAGUCACAUAAUAAACAGAAACCAAAAAUGCAGCAAAAAGCUAGGAAUCACUUACCUCUAUCCCUCUAUCUUGGGGAGAAACAAUUAAGAUAUUCAACUGAAGAAGAGAGAACUGGAAAAUUAUUAACUGAUGAAUAUGACAGUUCAGAUAUAGAGGAAACUACUUUAUACAUUACACUAAUUAAAGGUCCUCUUGAGGAAGAAGAGCACUAUGGUUCUACUACACCCUAUUCUUCCAGAUUAUCUGAGAGAGACCAGGGCAGGAAAUGUAAGCUCUAUGAAACAGAGGAAUUUACUGAUUAUCUAUUAAACUAUUACCAAACUCCAGAAUAUGCCCGUGUGUACAUAAAACCAAGUCACAUGACAGACGCAUGUGAGUGGCAGAGGGAUGUCCAUUCUAAGGGAAAUGGAUUUCAGAUCAAUUUGAGAAAGCGUAGGCAUUACUCAACCUAUUUGAGUCAAACGCAAAACCUGAAAAGAGGAGAACAGGUUCAAGAAGAUUACUGGUCAAAGAUUUGUACUAAGGAUCCUGAGUGUAUACCACAAAAGAGGGGAAAAGUGGAUAAUGCAGAAGAAUGUUGUAAUGGUUUUAAAAAUUAUUGCAAGGAUACAGCUAGUGAAGCUGGCGAUCAGCUGUUCCCAACUGAUAGCAACAGCCCUCUGUUGGAAAAGACUCAUGCUUACCAUAUCGACGAUUCCAAAUCCACAAGGGAAAGCCAAGUGUCCUCACCCAAUGGGAAAAUAGGCUUAGAUUUGAUGUUGACAGAUUUCUUAGAGGAAAUUAGUAGUGAUUCUGAAUGUUUCAGUGAAGUCCUUAGUGUAAACAAUGAGAGCGAGAAAUCUGUGGCGACAUAUCGUAGCUCCCCAGAAAAAAGACCUCUUGAGACUGACAAAAUCAUCACUUGUGAACAGGAAACUAGGUCAAAUCAGCAGACCUUGUGUUCCGAGUGGAAACGUGAUGAUGAGGAAGAAUACUUUAACAGGAUUAGGACACCAGACAAGAGGUAUUCAUGGCAUGAAAGUAAAAGCAGUUACACUAGAGAUGAAGAGAACAACAGCAAAAAUAGAAGGAGGCUAACCCCCAAAUACUUGUCUGAUGAAGUCUACUUCCAUGAAUCCAGCCCCAGUGAUCUAUUAGAGGGCAUCACAGGACAGAAGAGGAGGUUUAGUGGUAGUACAUUUUACCAGAAAGUGAACCAAAGACCCUUCCAUGUGCCAAUAACAUCAUCAAGAAGUGUUAACACUUACUAUUCAGGUGAUUUUCCCCAAGGAGGACAGAUUCUCUGGAAGCCAGCAUAUAACUGGAAUGCAAGAUGGAUUCAAAGACAUGAGAAUUUUUAUGAUUUUAGGUACAAUCCUUAUGCUUAUUGUCUUCAACAUAAUAGUCAGGAGCACAUUGGCUACGGGAGCUAUGGAAGCUAUUUAGGAAACAACUGCAAUAGUUCUUUAUAUUUUUAAAUGUUUUAA